GUUGUAUUUAGGUGUAUCAGUGAUGGAUAUCAUAUUUGCUGUAUAAAAGUCAUUUUCUCCUCACUGACCAAACAAUAUUCGUCUGAUGGAAUUUUAAUUGAAAACUUUGUUGAUUCAACAAAACAAUAUCAUCCGAAGUAAUUUGCAAUCAUCGAUGUUGCCAACACCAUGGACACUCAAUCAACUGUAUCAAGUCUAGCUGAGAGGCUUGGGAGUAAAAGGGACAAAACUCGGGACCAUCACUAUAAGGAUCACAGAUUGUCAAAAGCAGAUAUUGGUGGACCUAUAUCAACUACUGAUAAGGAACAAUCUGCCUCAACUGAGUCUCUUGGUAAACCAUUAAUGGUCCUCAAAGCGGUUGUAAUUCACAGAGAUGAUAAAGGAUACGGUUUAACAGUGAGUGGUGACAAUCCAGUCUUCGUUCAGUCUGUCAAAGAAAAUGGAGCAGCACAUACAGCUGGUGUUAGACAAGGCGAUCGUAUAGUUAAGGUGAAUGGAACAAAUGUCACAGACUCUAAUCACAUUGAGGUCGUGAAACUUAUUAAAUCGGGUCAGUAUGUAGCACUCACUCUGCUUGGCCCAUCUCUACCACAAACAGACUCUGUGACCUCUCCAGAUUUAGUGAGCAGUUCUGGACAGCCAAGCAGCAGACCACAGUCUAUGGUGGUCAAAGAUACUUCCUUUCAUGAUGAGAAAGUGAAGACUAUAAAGAAAAUGGUUGAACAAGAAAAGUUAGAAGUUGAGCGUAUUAAAGAAGAAUAUGCAAAAGAUCCAAACAAGAAAUUGAUAGAAGAUCUCGGAACUGCUCAAAAAUUAUUACAAGAUUUAGAAAAACAGUUGUGGAAGAUACAGGCUGAAAGUUCAAGGCAGGCACAGGAUAUCCCUAUUCAGCUAAUAAAUGAACAUAAUAUGAGAAUUCCAGAUGCUACAGGUGAUAUAGCUGAUGACAAUAGAAUGACAGAGGUAGAAACAUCUGAUACAGAGGUAAAAAGAUUUCGAGAUCCCGAUCAAACCACAGGGAAAGACGCAAUGUCAACAGAAGGUGGCCAUAAUGAAAAUACAAUAUCUCAUAAUAACUCAAAUUCCGAUCGUCAUAAAGCGAAGGAUGACGUUGGAACACAACGACCUAUUAUUAUGAAUUUUGAAGAAGAGGAAUUGUUUGACCAAGCUGAUGCUCCUCUUGAUCACGGACCAUUCCAGGAUUUUGAUAAACUUAAGGUCCAUCCCGCACAUACAGCUGUAUUUUUAUACUAUGUAUUUCGAAGUCAUGAUCCAUGUGCUUUGUUACUUGUUUUGAGUGUUGAACAGCAUAAACUGAUAUCCAACACGAAGGAAUUAAACAAGUCAGCAGACAACAUAUCAAAAACCUAUAUAAAUCCAUCAGCGAUAUUGAGGUUCAACGGAUUGGAUGAUGGAAUUGCAAAAAGUAUAGUUGAAGCAAUACAAUCCAAAAGCUUAUCAGAGGAAGCUCUGCGAUCUGUUUUUGAUCCUGCAGUUCAACACGCUCUCAAAACGGUGAAAUUUCAGUUAGAACAAUUCUGUGUAAAAAGAGACCAAGGACUUACUCAUUGCUUCGGCGAAGAUAAAGUAACCAAGAACAUGGAUUUUGUCCAGGAAACCAAAAUUGUUGAAGAAAUACUUGCUCCUCUCAUGCAAGAUCUCGGGCAACCUCAGGCUGGUAUUGAUGAUACAGAAGCUGUAAAAAAUACUGCUAAACUUGAAGUGCUUGAGAAGUUACUCAGUCAAUGGACUGGAAAACGAAAAAGCAAAAUCACAUCAAGAGUGUUCGGGUCAAUGUUACGAACAAGACCGGUUCAAAUGAGACCAAAAGCUGCCGGUAGUAUGGAAUCAAUUAUCGAUGACCCAAACAAACGAAUAAGUAUUUUCGAAAAGAAGUUCGGCAAAAAGAAAACUACGUCAGGAACCGCCUCAUUGAUGUUGUCCACAGUGAUUCCGGUCAUGCAGACUACUCAACAAGAUUCUCAUCCAGGAGAUGGUGGACAUGUUAGUCAAAUGAUUGGUAAAUUUCAGGAUGUUGAUAACAAUAAAUCAGCAUCAACAAACAAUGCAGAAAACGCUGAUGUACUGGAUGUACCGGGAACCAAGAAGAGCAAAAGCAUUGGGAGAUCUGGUAGUUUCCGUGGCGACAAGAGACAUCGAUCAGCAACUGGUAAAAGCAACAGUGAUCCAGAUUCCAUGGCUGUUGAGUCUGCCAUUAGAGGGAACGGUGAUACGUCUAGUCAGAUGUCAAAUUCAAACUCCACAUCGUCAAUGGUUUCUACUGGUUCUAUCAGUCUCUCAGGUUCGCAAACUUCAGGAUCAUUGUCAUCCACAACAUACGAAGAUAUGAUCGCACCUUUGAUCGCCGCGAACCCUGAACUUGAAGUCGAACCUGAUUAUCAAUGGUCGCAAAUGACACCACGAGAUGUUAUCAAACAACAGGACAAAAAAGAAAUCAAACGACAGGAGAUCAUUAGCGAACUGCUUCACACUGAAAAACAUCAUGUUCGAGAUCUGCUUAUAAUUAAUCUGUUGUUUUACAAUAAAAUGCAAAGUGAAGGUGGACUGAGUCAAGAAGAUCUUUUCACAGUAUUUCCCAAUCUUCAGGAAAUCUUAUCAAUGCAUCGAAAAUUAAAAGAUGCAUUGAUCGAAUUGAAACAAAAAGAUGGCCACGUUAUAGUAGAAAUCUCACAUGUACUGUUAGAAAUGUUUGAUGGUGAUCGUGGCGAAAAAUUUAAAAAUGAAUGUGCUAAAUAUUGCGGGAAUCAAACUGCAGCCCUGGAGUUUAUAAAGGAAAGAUGUAAAAAAGAUCAGAAAUUUAACUCCUUCAUACAGAUGACUGAGAAGCAUCCUAUUUGUCGACGAUUACAGUUAAAAGAUUAUGUUCCGAUUGAGUUUCAAAGAUUGACCAAAUAUCCACUGCUUCUCGAAAAUAUAAUAAAGAAUACAAAAAAAAAAGAUGAAGCUGGAGAACUGCGUAAGGUACAGAAACAAUGCAAAGCAAUAUUAAGUUACGUCAAUAAAGCUGUCAAAGCUGCAGAAGAUCAUCAGAAAAUUGUUGAAAUUCAGAAGAAUUUGGAUGCAAGUUCACUCAAUAAAGUAAAUCAUCCGAUCGCCCAGGAAUACAAGAAUAUUAAUUUAACUGAACGAAAACUGGUUCACCAAGGACCUUUAACAUGGAGAAUUACACAAACAGAGAAAAAGAAGAGUGUCGUUCUCCACUGUGUGUUAUUUGAAGACAUUAUGGUGCUAUUGCAAAAACAAGAUGAAAAAUAUGUUCUAAAAUGUCAUACAAGCACAACGUCUAAAGAUUUGAAAAGUACGGUGCAACCUCCUAUAUUGAAACUGUCAAAAAUAUUUGUACGGAAUGUAGCUACAGACAAACGGGCUUUUUUUCUUGUAUCAACAUCUGAAUUUGGUGCUCAGAUUUAUGAACUUGUAGCAAUGACAUCUCACGAGACGCAGGAGUGGCUUAAAAUUGUUCAGUCGACUUCAGAAUCUGCCAAGAAAAAUGAUGCUACAUCAAUACGAGUGCCUACUACCAGCAGAAGAUCAGCAUUCAUGGUACCUGAAACAUCUAGGCCUAUUCAACCUGAAAGUCCACCGAAUAUUGAGAAACAUGAAGAUGUUAUCAAAGAACAAGAAAUCACAAAGGAACAGCUGAGCAAGGAAACCGUUCUGGGUAAAAUACAAGGAAAACAUGAUGAAAUAUUUGAGGCACUUGAACAAAAGCACAACUUGUUGGCAUCUUAUGCCGGUAUUGAAUCCACGCAGUUAGAAAACGUUCUUGACAUGUCACUCGAAGACAGUAGUGCUGACCCUGAUACCGUUGUGUUGCAUACAAUAACAUGCACGAAAAGACUUACCAUGAUGCUGAAUGAUGCCUUGAGUCCUGAUACGGUAUUUUUACCACCAACGGCACCACCUGUAUUAUUACCUACUCCAGAAUCAAUCAAUUCAAAAAUGGGCUCGUCGACUCCAACCCAUAAAUCAGAAUCAGAUGGACAACUCGAGAAAUCUACCGACGAAAAAAAUUCAACUGAUGAUACUAUAGAAACGAAUUGGACAGAAAAUGAAUCAAUGACCGAAAACUCAAAAGACGAGGACAAAAAUCUCAUCUCGUCUUCUUCGCUUGAUCCUGUUAGUAGUAACAUCAUAUCGGAUCGACUUAGCAAUGCUUCAUUGGACUUAGUGGGGUCUGACUAUGAGACGGCAAGUGAACCUGGUUCACCAUCACCAGAAGGAGUUUCAAAUGACGCCGAAAAUAUACAAUCACCAAAUGAGAUUGUUUCACAGAUUCAGGAAGUUUUUGAAGAGAAGGAAGAGAAUACUACGGAAGAUCUGACAUCAUUGUCAUCUGCUGACGCGAUGGAAGAAGGUUCGGCUGUUAUAUCUGAUGCUGGCGUCGAUAUAGCAGAAGAAGCAGAUGCAGAAUCUGACAACACUUUAUCAGCAGCGGAAUCUCUACCAACACCUAAACUUGUAUCACCGAUUGAUUUUGAUGACAAUUUACUGGAUUUCGGUUCGCAAGCUAUUGCUCCAGAUAUUUCUAUAUCGACGUCUACUUCUGAUAAUACAAGUGGAGUCUUAAGUCGAGCUAGUUCUCUGGAUGUUACUAAAAUGCUGGGUUUAACGUACCAAUUGGAAUCACAACUUAUUCAUUUACUGCGGACAGUUAAAGAAAUGACUGAGGCUAAACAGAAAUUAGAAGAUGAAAAUUCACAGCUCAUCACAAAACUAAAUCAAAUGGACUCCACAGCAUCUAAUGUGUCAGCUAUGUCUAAUGAUGAACAGGCAACUACUAAUACGAAUGAUAAAGACACACCUCCUUCUGACAAUGAUGAAACUACAUGACAAUAAUGUUUUGUUGCUUCUCAAAGUACAGAACUAAAUUUUACCAGGAAAUUUUCCAACAGCUUUAAACAUUUCUGUACAACUGUCGUGAAACCAUUCCUAACCAAAUGAUUUGAUGCAUUGAUCUACAGCAAUCUAAAAACUAUGAAAACUACAUUGUGACCAGCAUAUAGACAUUCCUAUCUUUGAUGCAGCAAACAAGCAAACGUUUCUCUACUCAUCAUUAUACAUGGUUCCAUACCAUUUUGACAGCAUUUCUAUUCAUAAAUCAUGUGUCAAGUUCAAGAACAAAUGAAUACAUAAAAAAACAUAAUGUGAUCUUGACCAAAACUGCAUGAAACUGGGAGAGAUAACAUGUUGCCAAUUUAUAAGCAGUGAUUUCAACAUAUUUUAAUGGCAGAACAUACUUUCAUUUUUCUUUACAAUAUCAAUGAUGUAACCUAUGAAAUAUUCUGUACUUACUGAUUUAUUUGCAAACUUUUUUCAUUGCACUUUAUUUGUUUAUCAUGUUUACCAUAAAUUAUAGUACAAUUAUUGUUGUGAGAGGCGAAACCCAAUCUGAAUCCGAUAAUAGCAGGUGAAAAUUUUUCUGAUACAUUAGAGGAAAUUUGAUGAAAUCAUUCUUGAUAGAUGAAUUUCUACUUUUUUGAAAACAUGUCUUGUUACUUUUCUAGCUACCUUGUUCCUCUUUAAUAAAAUCAAUUCUUCUUGGCGAUCUCGUGUAAUAAUUUUUAAUGCCUUUUUUCAAGUUUGACUGUGUGAAAAUUUUGACUAGAAAUGCCCGUUUUCAUAUGCUUGGUAUUUUUCGUCAUUCACAGCAGAUAUUCUAAAUUGAUUCUGCAUGCAAAAAAUACCAAAUAAACUCAUAAUCAGUUGUUAUUAAACUUCUAAACGUUGAAUAAAUCAGAGUGUAAAAUAGAAAUGGCUGAUUUCAUGGGUAGUAACUACUUUUGAUGGUUUUCAAAUAUUGCAAAGAAAAUUUUUAUCUCAGAUUUGAGCUUCAAUAUGUCAGAUCUUUGUCAAACCCGAGCACUCUAUCUUACCCAGUUUAUGUAGUAAUUGGGGAUGAUAUGGCAUUUUCAGUUUUUCUAUGUUUACCCGUUUCUUAGUAAAGGCAACCCACCACAAAGCCUUAUUCCAAUCACCUCAUUCAAAAAUUGGAGCUUGAUUUAGUCUAUUGUUUUUAAUUAGUAUAAUCAUAUUGAGGACUAUUUUUCGAACAGCCUCCUUGUAAAUUUAAUAAUAUUGUAUUUGCAUUUUUCCCAAAUCGAAAAUCUUUUCAAUUUAUCUGUUAUCAUUUUGUUAUUAUUUUUGCUGAUAUAAUUUUAAAUAAAGUAAAUAGAUUGAAAUUUUUUUUCAACUAUUUUACUAACUGUCAAUAUUGUUUAUCUCUUGCAUGGCAAAUUUGAUUUUAUUCCGUUGUAUAUUUUAUUGCAUUUGGUUGCAAAAAUCCUAUUAUUCAUCUCUUCUACCCCAAGUCCCCACUACUUCAUAUAUAAUUAAGAUUUGAUAGUGCCAUGAUUUUACUUUCAAAAUCGUACAGUUAACAAUAUGGAAUAUUCUGGUUUCACAACAGCUUUUUCGCAAUCAUUUCUAUUGAGUAUUCUCAUUAAAUUAAAAGUUAAUAUGGGAAA